AUGGUAUGUCUUCUAAAUUGGUACAGUAUGGUAAUUGGGUGUAAUAUUGUCUAUCCUUUUCCCCCCUUACCAGUGCAGAGAGAUGACCCUUUUAAAGGAAACACUUAAUAUUGGAGUUCCCCAACACAUCAUGUGAGGUGAAGGUAUGUAUGUCAAUCACAGCUUUCAAAUCAACACCAGAUUGUCUACCUACUUCAGUCACAUUCCCGUUGCCGUAGAAAAUAAUUGUGAUGUCUAGCAUUUCCCUACUAGCGCAUAGCCGUGUCUCUGUGAACAUGAAAUCCAUUGACGUAUCCCCUUUACCUGUCUAGUUAUGAUAGUGUGGGUAGAGGGUAUGGGUGUGCCCUCUCUUGCUCUAACCUCUUGUGUUUUCUCAGCUGCUGUCUCUUGGUGGGCGAGGGAGAGUGGCUGUGGCUCUGGUCGUGAUGGGCCUGCAGACUCAGACACCUGCAGACUGCUCUCCAAGCCUGGGGCUCUGUGUGCAGUGCAUGAUGGAGGAGAUGGUCACCACCCUCUCACCGGGGUCCCAGAGUCCCAUGGACAUGGUGCAGUUUCAGCAGAAGGUGGGUCCAGUUCUCGUCAAAUCAGCAGUCACCAAUACCAGUCAAUAGAAGCCUCAGUGGAAUAUUACACAGGCCGGAAUUACACAGAAGACAGUGGCUUUAUUGUAUUGUUCAGUCUUCUACCCACCAAUAUAGCCCUCGGAUAGCAAGAAGCUCUAACUAGUGAACACAAAAGACAAUCGAUGGAUUGUAUGUUAAUUUAUUGUAUGUUAAUCUUUGGUGUUUUUCCAGAACAAAGCUUGACGCACUGAGUGGGUUUCUGUCCCUCCUCAUGGGCAGUGGGGCUGACUCUGCUCUGGCUAAAGGAACUAACAGACCCUCUGCAGCUACAGCUGACAUCCAGCCUUCAGUCAACACCAGCCUCCAGCCAGACGAGAUGUCUGGCUCUGUUUCACCAGAUCCAUGUCCCCAGUCUCGGGUAGCCUCCAAUAACCACACCAGCCUGGCAGACAUGAUGUCACCCUUCUUUAACGGCCAGCCAGGAGGAUGGAGGCCCUGCAUCGGCCCAGACAUGUUCCCUAUGCUGCAGAGUGUGUGUGGGCAUGUGACGCAGCUCAGCAUCGAGGAUGCUGCAAAAACAGUAGGCUGGUAGUGGCUUUAUGGUGAGGUUAACUACAAUGUAAAACUCCCUCUAAAGGUUUACAUGGUAGGGUGGGUGGUGAGAGUAGAAUGCAGUCCAGAUAUUGUGGUUAGGAGUCAAGUUGAUGGAGGAUGUCAGGGCUGACCAUGUCUAUCUGUGGGUUUUGUAGUGGUUCUGGCUGAAUUGUGGUGUGUCUGUGUUAAUGUUAGAGUAAAUGUCUUUGUUGGGGUUUGUGUGUCUGUAUGACUGCAGGUCUUGUCAGAGAACCCCUAGCCCUAUUACAGUAAUGGCUGUAAAACCUGUAAGGAUAGGAGAGGAUAUUUUCAAGUGCAAUGUUAGCGGGUUAACAUGGGAGGGCAACAGAUCCAAAGAGAUACUGUAAUUCCUAUGAAAACCUAUUCUGUGAUGGAUUGUCUCUGUCUCGCAGGCAGGAGCAUACCUGCUGCAGAGAGCUGGAGCAGGUUAUGGAGUUGCAGAUGGAGAGGAGGCUGAUGGAACACAUGGACCAGUGGCUGGACGCCCUGCUGCAGCGCCUGGAGACGGCCUUACUACAGGCCCUGCCCCUGGCCCUUCCCCUCAACCACCUCAAGACCACAGCACCCACACCUGACCAGAACCACUCCGCCCAGCCCUGA